AUGCGGCGUCUGCAGCGUUGGGAAGCGUGGCUCGCUCUAAACACCGCAACCGUCCUUUGGGGCGCGCAGCACGCCGUCAACAAGCACAUGCUGGUGUUUACAUCGCCAUCGGCGCUCACAGCCGCUCGGUUUGUGCUGGCGGCAACAGCAGUGCUACCUUGGCUGCCGCUGUCACGUGCGCGCAACUCGUGGCUCGACGGCGCGAAGCUUGGCUUGUGGAGCACCCUCGGCUUCGCCUUCCAGAUGGUUGGCCUGCAGUACACCUCCGCAUCACGCUCGUCGUUCCUGCUCUACCUCAACGUGAAGCUGGUGCCCCUGCUGGAGCUGAUGGUUCACGGGCAUAUGCCGUCGCUGCAAACGUGGGCUGCAGCCGCUGUUGCGUUGCUUGGCGCCUUGCUCCUCGCCUUCGAUGGUGGUGCGCCCAACCUCGGCGACUUGUGGUCGCUGGUGGCUGCGACCACUUCGGCAUGCUUCAUCAUCAUGCUCGGCUCAGCGUCCAGAUCAGAGGGCGCCGUUGCUGCAGAGCUGAACGCAACGACGGCGGCGUGCACAGCAGCUCUAUGCAGCGUGUGGGCCGUGGCAGAUGCAGCAACGUCCACGACAGGCAGUGCCCUGCAUGACCUGCUGCAGCUGCAAGCCCACAUUGCGGAGGUCGCGUUUCUGGGCGUCGUGACUACGGCCUUUGCCCAGUGGCUGCAGGCGCUUGGUCAGGCGCGGAUCGACGCGACAGACGCGGCGGUGAUCUUUGCACUGGAUCCUGUCUAUGGCGUGUGCUUUGCGUCGCUGUGGCUUGGUGAGCACCUAGGGCCGCAAGGCUUGCUUGGUGCAGGCUGCAUUCUCCUGGCGAACCUCUCUCAAUACGCCUGCUUCGCGCGGAGGACUGCAGCCUCCGCUCAGGCUGAGAGAGACGCCGAGCUGCCUCUCUCGCAGAAGCUGUUGGUAGACGAGUGA